UUCACACAAGUUCCACUACGUCAAUAAAACAGCUGACAAAAUAACCUCAAUUUUGUAAACAAACGAAUAAAAUGACUGAUAUUAUAAAAUUAGAAAAUAAUUUAAACGUACCACAAUGUCAGUAUUUCGUAGUACGAAAGAAAAGACUAUGUAGAAUGACGGUACGUCCAGGAAAACAAUAUUGUGGUGAACAUGAACCUCAACCAAAAACAGUAGAUAAUAAGGAAGACAAACGCAUACCAUGCCCUAAUGACCCAAAACACACAUGCUACAUCAGUAAGCUAGAGAAGCACCUCUCAAUAUGCAAUGCUCGAGCUGUGGACUUACCUCCAUACAUAGUACAAAAUAUCAAUGCACCAUCAGACCUGGAUGCUUACCCCAGAAGGCUGCUGAGUCAAAUCCCAGUGGAAUCUCUCAUGCAAGUCAUUGAUAAAGUUAAUUUACUUUAUGAUAAAUGCAUAAAAGAGCACAUAACAUGGGCACCUCAACAUCCUAUUCAUACCACAGUUCUGGAGGAGUUCAACGAACCAACCCGCACAGAGAGCUCUCUCAGACACUUGAGACAAGUGUCAAGUCUAUUGUGGCUCAUUGAGAAUGAGGGCUUGGUUUCUGACAAUACAUGUUAUGUGGAACUAGGUGCUGGGAAAGGUCACUUAUCAUACUACGCGUGUUGCGCGUGGUGCUCUCCUGCCUCCAAGAGUGGGGUGUUGCUGGUAGACCGCGCGUCGUUACGUCACAAACGCGACAACAAACUGACGGACAAGUCGACGCAGCGCAUCCGCGCCGACCUGGCGCACCUGGCGCUGCACCUCGUGCCGGCCGUCGCUGACUGCGUUUCUGUUCUGGGAUUCGCUAAGCAUUUGUGUGGGAUUGCUACAGACUAUGCGCUACGUUGCAUAACGGCCGAGGGUGUUCUGGAGAAAACGAAAGGCAUAGUGCUCGCCACGUGCUGCCAUCACAGAUGCGAACACGCAGGUUACAUCGCCAAUAAGCAGCUACAGGACCUAGGCAUUAAUAGUGAAGACCUAAAUGCAAUGUUGGGCAUGGUUUCGUGGGCAACUUGCGGUUACGGACGCAGUAGAGAAGUGAGGAAACGACUUGAAGCUCAGAAAAACAGUGAACAAGUCACUGAAUAUCAGACCGAUUUAGAUCACUCAGAAGACCAAGCUGAUUCAGAACUAAAUGAUUUGUCUGACUCGAAGGACCAAAGUGAUUCACUAAGUUCAAAGGACCAAAACUGUAAUUUAUCAAUAGAAGAAGAAAGUACACCAACAGAUCACAAUGAUGUAUCUAAUUUUAAAGCUCAAUUAACGAAAGAAUAUAAAGAACAAGUGGGUAGGAAGGCAAAAGCGUUAUUGGAUUGGGGGAGAGUGUUAUAUUUGAGGGAGAAGGGCUUCGAAGCGAAGUUACUGUACUACGUACCGACCAGUGUCUCAUUGGAAAAUGUAUGUAUCGUCGCUAAAAAAGUUGUCUGAUUAUGCAUUAUGUUAUCGAAUUAUUUAUAUUAAAUAUAUUUAUUACCUUUGAUUAUAAA